AUGCCAUAUGAACAAGCUGCAGAACGCUGCCGUAGCCUGCUACUCCUGACGAUCUACCAUCAGAAAGAAUACAUUGCUGAGUAUGGUGAUGGUGAAGUGCCUAAUCCUCGUCCAGCAGCCGAACGUCUCAAUCGUGGUCAUGGAGGAUUCCGAACAACACCUCAUCAGCGAGUUCUGAACGCCCAAUUCAGUGUCAGCUGCGUACGUGGAGUAGAGAAGGUGGAAGUGUGA